AUGGGCAUACAGUUAAGCAAGAACAGAAGAUUACCAAAGUAUAAAAGGAGGUCCUUGUCAAGACAUGCCACUGGACAGAGAAGCGAUGACGAUGAUUUGAAUGAGGACUUGCCAAUCGAUUCAACAUUAGCCUCAACGACAACAACAGAUAUAAUCAAUCAAGAUUGUUCAUCAAUACCUGGAAAGAAUGGAAUGAACCAACAACAACAUCAACAUCACCAGUUCAAAGUGUUAUAUAGAGUGUUGGAAUUGAUCGAUGGCCUGGACUUCCAAAAGGAUGGCAAACAAUUUGAUAGCGCACCCAACGAUCAAUUCUCAUCGAUGGCACUAGAGUUGCUGUCUCAUAUUGUAUCCUACCUCAAUGUUCGCGACCUCGCCACACUGCAGUCGGUCAGCCGGUUCUUCUACGUGGUGGGCCGCAACAACCAAGUGUGGCGCUCACUGAUCAUUCGUGAUAUGAUGCUCUGGAUGAACAUACAAAAUGUACGAACACUGGUGGCCAAGCACGAGCACACCAAGAUGAUCAAGUGGAAGAAGAUCUAUUGCGAUCUGUGGCGACAGAGGUACUGUCGGAAGUGCCAUCGCGUGUACCGUCAGUGUUGGAAUCACAGCGCCAUAUGCAAGGUGCACACGGACAUCCGAGACAUUGUGGAGAACAGAGGUGUACCUUCAGGUGUCUAUUGGCUAUGUUGUCUGGCAAAGAGUAGGGAUGCGCCAGGGUGUUCAUCAUCAUUCCAUUGCGAAGAAGAAGAGACACUUCAU